AUGGAUAUCGAGCCUACUUUCAAAGGGUACAUUGAAGAUGAGGAUGACGCUUUGCUUAUUCUCCAGGCGACUUUGGACGGCAAGUUAAAGCAUAUACCAAGAAGGCCUUAUGAAAUAGAAAGACCUUAUUUGAUCGUAUCUGGUAGCAUAUUCGUUUUCAUUGAAGAGAUAUCGGGCAUCAAGAGAUGGACUGAUGGUGUUUCUUGGUCUCCAUCAAGGAUAUCAGGCAAAUUUCUAAUAUACAAAGAACUCGACAAGGAAAACGCAAGCUCUAAUGCUAAUGCUACUUCUAGUGGUAGUACUGACUCCACUGUCAUUCCGGAUGGAACUUCUGGUGCAAGGACUAAUCCCUCUUCGUCGAAAAUCAAGCUACCUCCUUUGAAGAAUCAUCAGUUCGAUUUACCGCCCACUAUGAGUCAUUCAAGUUUUGAAUCAGAGCAAGAUACCUCCAUUUCUCCAUCAAAUCGUUCGAACUUACCAUUGAAAUAUACUGGUCUGGUGAAGAAGACAAUAUCUGUGAAGCUGAAGAGACCUCCAUUUAACUCCAUUGAAAAUCUACAUAUUGUCUCCUAUUAUUCUGUAAAAGAUAUAAAACAAAACUGUUUAGUGACUCCUAAAGCUUCUCCUUUUUUGAAAGAUGUUAGACCUUCACAGGAACUAAUUGUCGCGAUGGAAAACACAACUUUAGGUAAUGUGAAAAAUAACUCCACUACCAACGGAAACGGUUCUAAUAAUAUAAACAAUAAAAGCAACUCUUCAACUCCUCUAAAUACUGUUAUUUCCACAAAUAACAAUAGUGCUAAUAUAAAUGCUGCUGGCAGUAAUCAAUUUACUAGUGCAAACAAAAAUUAUUAUUAUAAAAAUGAUGAAAGCUCUGGAUACCCGAUCACUCAAUUUGCUCCUGCAUUGCCAUCGACAACUUUGAUGUAUACAGCAAAUCCGCCUUAUAUCACACAAUCUCCUGAUAAUACUAACACUACUGGUAUGAAUACUCAUGCUAAUAAUAACAAUAAUAAUAGUAAUAACAGUAGCAAUAAUAAUAAUAAUAAUAAUAUUAAUAAUGUUAAUAAUAAUACAGGAAAUGGUAACAAUCCAAAUAGAUUCCACAAUGCCUCCUUUGCUUAUAACACUACUGGUGACUUCAUUAAUCCGCAACAACAAGGACAAAUUUCUUAUCCAUUUUACUAUACAACAAUUCCGAUAAACAAUCCCAACUAUUAUACCACACAACCUCCAAAUCCUGUAGCAAACGCUUCAACGAACGAGAAUCAAAGUUAUUCCACCUCUUCAACGCAGCACCCUUAUUAUGGCCAUUCUACCGAAAGCCAAUCAGCAUCAGCAACCACAGGCGCUACUGGCGCUCCUGGUACAACCGAAAACGUGCUUCCUGUAUCCAGUAUGCAGCCGCUACUCCAUCAGGCCAAUAAUAAUAGUACAAGUUCUGCUUCCUCUACAGCUCCUUAUCCGGUGUAUUCUAUGAAUGUUAAUGUUCCUUACUACAACUCUUCUGGUUCUGCAUACAAGAGAGCACAAGACAAUACUACCUCUAAUACAAAUACAGAACCCUCUGGCGCUACAAGUACGAACUCAGGCACAAUGCUAUCAAAUCCUGCAUACGCUAAUUCUCAACAAUACACUCCAUCACAGGUGUACUACCAAGGAUUCCCACAAUAUGCCAUGGCAAGUGCUCAAAAUUCAUCCAUGUAUCAACACCAACACCAACAUCCUUUGCCCACAGUGUAUCCAAUAACAACGCCUCAACAAAAUAUAAUGAACUCUAGCCACGCUUUGAACACUAUUGGAUCCGACCCUCAACAUCACCACUAUCAGCAAGAACCCAACGACCACAAAAACUUCGCCAUGGGGCAUGCGAAUAACAAUAUCUUAAACAUCACUAAUAAUGAUACGAUGAACAACCUCAAUACAAACACUUCAACUACUACACAAUAA